AACGACACAACAAAUGCGAAGAUGCAGCUUUGAAGAAGAAGACAACUUCCGGAAAUAAUGUUUGAACUCCAACGAUGUGCUACUAAAAUGUUUUUAAACUUUUAAAACUAUCUAAAACAACUCUUAAGCUCAGCAAAAUAUAAAUUUCCAAGGAGGGAAGGACAGUCUGCGGAAAUGAAUCCUUGACUAACCAUCUGGCUGGCGGUUCAACCUGCUAAGCAGGUUUGUUAGCUGCGCGCUCCAUGAUGAUGGAGAGACUUCUGUCUGCGCUGACCGAGAAGCGAGUCCUCUUCCCGGUCUCCUUUGUUGUACGGCUAGCGCUGGUCGUUUAUGGAGACUAUCAGGACAGGAACAUGGUGGUGAAGUAUACAGACAUCGACUACCACGUGUUCACUGAUGCUGCAAGGUUCAUCACCGAGGGUCAGUCUCCAUACAACAGGUCAACUUACCGCUACACUCCCCUCCUGGCUUGGCUCCUCACCCCAAACAUCUACCUCACCGUUGUAUUUGGAAAGCUCCUCUUCAUAGUGUGUGAUGUGCUGUCCGGGCUCCUCAUCUACAAGCUCCUGUGCCUGCGGGGGGUCGGCUGUCAGACUGCACGCUAUGUUUCUUCAUUGUGGCUUCUCAACCCGCUGCCUAUGGGGGUGUCGAGUCGAGGGAACGCCGAGUCGAUCCUGUCCGCUCUGGUGCUGGGGACUUUACUCUGUAUGGAAGUCAGGCGCCUGGCCUGGGCUGCCGCGCUGUACGGCCUGUCCGUUCACAUGAAGAUCUACCCCGUCACGUAUGCUCUGCCCAUCGCGCUGAGUCUGCGCUCGUCGCACACGGAGACGAAUGGAACCACGCAGAGCUGGACCUGGAGGACGCCUGUCGCCUUUGUUGGAAGCUUUUUGAAUUCCAAGCUGAUCCUCUUUGCAAGUGUGGCGGGAGGAGUUUUUUUCACUCUGACAGCGCUCUUCUACUACAUGUAUGGUUGGGUGUUUCUCCAUGAAACGUACUUCUACCAUCUGACCAGAAGAGACAUCAGACACAACUUCUCCCCGUACUUCUACAUGCUCUACCUCACUGCAGACAGCAGAUGGAGCCAGUCGCUCGGCCUGGCAGCUUUCCUCCCCCAGCUGAUCCUGCUGUUGGUCUCAUCGUGGACUUUUCAUCCAGACCUGGCCUUCACCUGUUUCCUACACACAGCCGUAUUUGUCUCCUUCAACAAAGUCUGUACUUCUCAGUACUUCCUGUGGUAUCUGUCCCUACUUCCUCUGGUCAUCCCACACCUGACUCUGUCAGUGAAACAGGGUCUGGGUCUGCUGCUGCUCUGGUUUGCUGGACAGGCUGUCUGGUUGGCUCCAGCUUACUUCCUAGAGUUUGAGGGCUACAACACAUUCUUCCUGAUCUGGUUGGCUGGAUUAUUCUUCUUGGUCAUCAACUCCUUCAUCCUAGUUCAGAUCAUAGCUCACUACAGAUCCAGAAAGUCUCUGGAGCGGCAGAAGGCGGAGUGACCCUUUUUCAGGGAUUUAAAUCUCCCAGUUUCACCUUGAAGACCAAAAGAAUCGUCUCCCCAAGAACCUGAUAGUCUCCGUUUCCGACUGUCUUGCUUUCCUGGGUUGUAAAAUCGGCAGCA